CCGCCGUGCCUGCUGGUCCCCGCCCGGCGAGCCGCCAUGCUGGUGCCUGUCUUCACCCUCAAGCUCAACCACAAAGUCCUGCCCCGCAUGGUGGCGCUGGGCAGGUACGACGGCACCCAUCCCUGCCUGACGGCGGCCACGCAGGCCGGCAAGGUUUUUAUUCAUAAUCCUCAUGCACGUGGUCAGCGCAUCAGUACCAACCGUUUGGUGCUUAGUGCCCAGGACACUGACAUUUCUCUUCUGAACAUUAAUGAGGCAGUCAGUUGCUUGACAGCAGGGGUCCUGAACCCCACCCUUGGCUGUGAUUCCCUUCUGGUUGGCACGCAGACCAGUUUGUUGGCAUACGAUGUACACAACAAUGCUGACUUGUUUUACGAAAAGGUUCCAGAUGGAGCCAAUGCGGUAGCACUUGGAACAUUAGGAGACAUUUCCUCACCUCUUGCUAUUAUUGGUGGCAAUUGUUCCCUGCAGGGCUUCAAUCAUGAAGGGAAAGACCUUUUCUGGACGGUCACCGGUGACAAUGUUCACGCACUGGCAUUAUGCGACUUUGAUGGUGAUGGGAAAAAUGAGCUUCUUGUUGGAUCUGAUGAUUUCGACAUUAGGGUUUUUAAAGAAGAUGAAAUUGCAGCAGAAAUUUCGGAGACUGAGACUGUCACCGCACUAACCCCGAUGUGCAGCUGCCGAUUCGGCUAUGCCCUUUCCAACGGGACAGUAGGGGUUUAUGACAAGAUGACUCGCUACUGGAGGAUUAAAUCCAAAAACCAGGCCGUGAGCAUACAUGCAUUUGAUCUCAACUGUGAUGGUGUGAAUGAACUGAUUACUGGUUGGUCCAAUGGAAAGGUUGAUGCACGCAAUGACCGGACUGGAGAGGUCAUCUUCAAGGAUAAUUUUGCUUCCUCCAUUGCGGGGAUAGUGGAGGGAGAUUACCGAAUGGAUGGUAACACCCAGUUAAUCUGCUGCUCAGUUGAUGGGGAAGUGCGAGGUUAUCUGCCAGCAAGCCAAGAGAUGAAAGGAAGCUUUGCGGACACCACUGCAGAGCAGGACUUGGUUAGAGAGCUUAGUCAGAAGAAACAAAAUCUGCUGCUGGAGUUACGGAACUAUGAAGAAAACGCAAAGCAAGUGGAGCUGAACACUCAAGUGACUGAGAUGGAUGGGCAGAGAGGUGUGAUUCCAGCUAACACACAGCUCCAGACGACUCUCGCAGUGAAUCUGGGCUCGGGCAGUCAGCCUGCUCAUGUCGAGCUGUGCAUUGCCACAUCGAAUGACACAAUCAUCCGGGCAGCGCUGAUCUUUGCAGAAGGAAUAUUUGAAGGUGAGAGCCACGUGGUUCAUCCUGGUCUUCAGAACGUCUCAAGUCACAUCAAAGUUCCUCUCACCCCUCCCAAAGAUGUCCCAGUGGAUUUACACAUCAAGGCUUUUGUGGGCUACAAGAACAGCAUGCAGUUCCAUGUGUUUGAGCUAACAAGGCAACUCCCUCGGUUCGCCAUGUAUACGCUCAGUAAUCCAGACUCUGCUCCAGAGCCUAAGAGCUUUGUAAAAUUCACCGUCAGUGAGAGAGUACAAAGGGUUGUCAUGUGGGUGAACCAGAGUUUCUUGUUAACGGAAGAAAUGGAGACCCAAAGCACGUCAUUUCAAGUCUGCUUCACCUCCCUGCGUGACGCGAGGCAGCUGCACAUCAGAAUCAAGGCCAGCGGGGAGAUCUCCAUUAGCACCGAUGACAUUGACCUGGCUGGCGACAUAAUCCAGUCGCUGUCUUCGUUUUUAGCAAUAGAGGACUUGCAGGUCGAGGCAGAUUUCCCAGCGUAUUUUGAGGAGCUGCGCAAGGCCCUGACCAAGGUGGAUGAAUCUUACUCCGUAUGUCAGAAGCUCACAACCAAUAUGGCUGACAGCUCUAACCUCAUCCGCAGCAUGCUCGUUCGCGCAGAAGAUUCUCGCCUCAUGGGUGACAUGAAAAAUAUGAAGAAGCGAUACAUGGAGCUCUACAAUCUCAACAAAGAUCUGCUGUCCGAGUAUAAAAUCCGUUGCACCAACCACACAGAGUUCUUAAAUAACCUCAAGGCAAUAAACCAGGCUAUCCAAAGAGCAGGACGCCUGCGGGUUGGUAAACCCAAGAUGCAAGUGAUUGCUGCUUGUCGGGAUGCUAUCAAGAACGACAACAUCAAUAUGCUGUUCAGAAUCAUGCGCGUAGGAACAGCCUCGUCUUGAUCAGAAACUAGA